AUGCCCGUCAUCACAGAAGCCCCUAAGCCUGAUAAACCUGAAAAGCUCUCAUCAACGCCUCAAGAGCAGGUCAUCCCACCACCUAUCAGCGCUCCUAAGAGACUUAAACUCGCCUUUAAACCCCAUUCCACUACCACUAAGCCCUUUAUCACCACUCCUGAGCCCAUCGAAGAAGAUUCCGAUGUCGUUUUAAGCCCCGGUCACGCUCCUGGCUAUAUACAAUGGAAGAAAGCUCCACCUCCCGACUUGACAAAUGAAACUGAGGAAGAGAAGAAACACCGACUCAAUAAGAGACACGCUCCAAAAGGUAAACGAGGCGCUCGCUACAUCGACGACGGCACGACCGACCGGAGUCCCGCUGUCCUAGGUAAACCAGAUACUUCCAAACUUGUAAUCAGUUUCAAGACAGAAGAAACCAACGAGUACACAAACGAGGUAGUUGAAGGCGAUGUCAGGUUCGAAUACUCUGAUGAUGCGAAGGGUGUCCAAGUAGAUUGGAAUAGUGCCAAAUCCAUCCACGCAGUAAACAACUGGCGAAGUCAGCUUAUACGAAGAGCAAUUGGAAAGGCCUAUGAUAACAAGGAAUUCUGGACCGUACAGGAACAACAAAUCCUCACUAACUUAAUUCGCGAUUAUCUCGACGGUGAAAAGGAUAUUGAUUGGAUGCAAAUUUCCCGCGAAUACAACUCUCUGAUUAGGAAUAUUGAGCAGGAAAAAGGUACUCCAGGUGCUCCUCGUCGUUAUCGUUGUCAGGGUAAUGAUAAGACUUCACGAGAAGCUGUUUCUAUCUCUAUGCCUCUUCGAGAGAAUCGACGGAUCCCUCAACGACCUGACUGGGUGUUACGUCAGGAAAUUAGUUACUUCCGUGCCCAGGAUGCUAUUGAAGUCAUGGAAAGAUUAAAAGCUAGUGUACUUCCUCAGCGGAACGGUCAUCCACCAAUAAGAUCUACUAGGGGAAAGAAACAAGUAGCUAGACAAAGCAGAGGUAAAUCAGCGAUCCAAGAGUCUUCUGAGGAGCAAGAAGAAUCGAAUGUUUCUUCAGCAUAUGAAAACGAUCGCUCGUUAACCUUAGUUGAUUCACCAAUGGAAACAACACCAAACCAUCCACUCCAUCUUCUUACCCAGCCUCGACUACUACAACCCCGCCCAGUAGCUAUUCCUCAAUCUAAACCCGAGCCUCCUUCCCGUCGAUACAAGAAACGCAAUAUGUACAACGAGGAAAUUAUCUACGAUAAACAAUCUAAAGAGUUGGGCCAUUCUUCAAUCAAUCCCAAUAUCAACCAGUUAUUCGGAGGUAAACAACAAGCUCUUGAUCUUCUAGCUGAACAGGCUGCGGUUAUGAAUAACCAUUUUCCUCAAACAAAUCAUUGGACUAUACCUCGAGUUCUUGCACCUGCUCCGGCACCUAAAGUCACCAUAUCUUCUCCCAACACACAAAAACCAUUUCCAGCAACAACGAAACCCUCUCACCCUCCCACUCAAGCGCCAGCACAAAAAUCAAAACCAAAUACUCCUACCACCCCACUCACCCCCUAA